ACAGAAACACUGAAACAAGAAGUUGCUGCUGAUACACAAACCAUCCAGACGUCCAAAUCAGAGAUCACAGAGCUCAAGCGAACACUGCAGGCCCUGGAGAUUGAGCUGCAGUCCCAGCUUAGCAUGAAAGCGUCAUUGGAGGGCACUCUGGCUGAAACUCAGAACCGGUACGCCAUGCAGCUGGCGGGUUACCAGAAUCAGGUCACCAUGCUGGAGGAGCAGUUGAUGCAGCUGAGAGCCGACCUGGAAAGACAGUCCCAGGAAUACCAGAUGCUGCUGGACAUCAAGACCAGGCUGGAGAUGGAGAUUGCUGAGUACAGGAGGCUGCUUGAUGGAGAGGGUGGAGGCGGCAUUAGCAGCAGCAGCAGCAGCACCGUCCGUAGCAGCAGCAGCACCAGCGGCAGCGGCAGCGG